GUUUACGUCUACGUAUGCAUCGGCAAGUUUCACAUGAUUAUUGCUAUUCUUUUAUAAGACAGCAGUCAUUUUUCAUAUCCCCCAUCCCAUGCCUGACAUCAAAGUUGACGGUUUCAAGGCCUCAGACAUCAUUGUCGACCUUCACACUGCAUUCGGUGGUUUCACCGAUGCAGAGAGACAAGCACAAGUAAGAAAAACCAAGGGCAUCUUCGAGCUCCGUAUAACGAACGACGACAAGAAGGAGGCCGUAUGGACGAUCGAUUUGAAAAAGAACGGUGUCAUCCUGAAGGGGCUCGCCUCACCCAAAGCGGACGUCACACUCAUCAUGUCGGAUGAUACGUUCUCGCAGCUUGCUUCUGGCAAGAUGGAUGGUCAGAAAGCUUUCCUCACUGGCAAGCUGAAGGCAAAGGGUAAUAUCAUGUUGGCCACGAAACUCGCCGCCGUCCUUCAGAUGGCCAAAGUCAAGGCAAAACUGUAGAGUCGUGACUACCGCUUAUGCUUGUACUUUGGGCAAUGAAUACCAUCCUUCUAUGACGUUAAUAAAGUGUGCGAUACAAUACUGACUGCAUGAUACGUUUUAUCUUUUGUAUCUAGUUCUAGUAAACUGGACGGUCAAAAUCUUCAUCCACGCAUUUUGGUUUAUCUUAUCCAAGCAUCCCAUGGCGCAGCUCCAAUACCCUGGGGAACACGGAGACCACUCGUGACCGCACAGGGCCGAGUCACAGCGUCAGCGCCCGUCCUGGGAUAAGGACAGUCACGGGCGCUUCGUGACUG